CAAUUGAUUUGAUAACUUGAUUGAGUGAAAAUGUCUAACCUAUAAUUUUACUGUUGUGCUUCAAGAAAUCUUAGAAUUUGUGAAGAUUACUUCAAAAUCUCGGAUUUAUAUUGUGCGGUUUGAUGUUUAUUUAGUUAGCUUCAACGCAACUUAUGUACUUUCUUCGAUUUUAAUUUAGCUUACAACUCAGUUCGAUGAUGGCGCAAUCAUGAAAUUAAAGCACUGUGUGUGAAAAUUCCUUUCAGUGAUUUAGGGAAUUAUUUUCAAAAUAAACUGCUCCAAAUGGAUUCCAAAAAGUCAGCACGCAGAAAAAGGUCUAAAACUGGUUUGAAAACAAAAACAAAAGAUGGGACUGCUGAGGUAUUUGUCCUACCACCAGAACUGUUACAAAAGUUGGGCAUUAACUUGGGAAAAAUUGACAGUAGCCAAGAUUGCCCAACUAUCAACUCAUCUGAAAGUGAUACAUCUUUGAAUAUUACACCAGCCACCUCCAUAAAUAAUGAUCUGCCUGAUUCAACAUUUGUACAGAAGGAAACAUCUCAGGAUACAACAAUUUUAGAAACUGCAAACUUGAUGAAAAAGUCUGUAUUCCUUAGUCCUACAUUUGCUGUAAAUGGAAUAAAUAGCAGUCCAAGUCAGUUGGAGAUAUCAAAUGUUCUAGAAGGAGAAAGAGUUGAAAUAGCUGAUUCAAUUGGCAAAGUUGAUGAAUUAAAUGUCACAAAUACACAUCCAAAAAAUGAAAUUGAUAAUGUCUCCUAUCAGAAGCUGGAGCUUUUGUCAGUGAAUUCAGAUGUCAGCAACAAUAUCUUUGCAAAUAAUGCAUAUAAUCAUCAAAUGAAUACUCCAGAUAUCAAAAAUGUGGUGCCUCUUCCUAAUCAGGAUACUCUCCAGUUAACCAACCAUACUGAUGAUGUUACAAAUAUUGUAGAGAAAAAAGAUAGGUUGAUUUCCACAGAUGAGCAUAUUCAUCUGAUUGAUGAAGCAUAUUCAUCUGAUUGUAGUAACAGUAACCUGGGACUCUCUGAAAAUAAUUACAUUCCAGACAUACAUUCUAUAAAUGACGAAAUUCCUCUACAAUCUUCUAAUAACAUAAGCAUAAUAUCUGAAGAAAUACUAAGCUCGUCACAAAUUAAAGAACUUAAGAGAUUGCACUCACCGAAAUUAUCAGAUUUAAUACCACUUUCAAUGAAUUCCUUAAUUACAUCUAAAAAAAUUGGUGAAUGUGCUGAUAUUUUGAUAGAUCUCAAUAAAUAUGAGAAUCCCACUUGCAAACUUAAUAACACAUCUUAUCCUGAAGCUUGCGAAAGUGUGGAAAAUAUUAUUUUAUUUGAUGAAAAAGGCAAUGUGAUUGAAACAGAUACUAAUAAUAAAACAAAUAAAAGUGAUAUAUUAAUUGAAAAUAUUUCCGAAGCUUUAAACCAGGAAUCAUUAAAUAAGAUUGUAGAUCUCUCAAAACAGACAAAUGAAAACAACAUUGGGGUUUCAAUAGACUUCGUGGUAACAGAUAUAGAUAUGCAUUUGAAAGAAAACGAGGAUAUCUUAGACAAAUUCGUUAAUGAGAUAACCUCUAACGAUAACGAAAUAUUGGCAAAAAUAGAAAAAAGCGAAGAAGAUUGUAUAGAUAAGGCAAAUACUAGUGAUACACACUUGGUCACAAAUGAUGGAAAAUUAGUUGUGUUGAAUGUUGUCGAAAGUGGAUUAAGCCAGUUGUUAACUCAUUGUCAGCAUGAAACUGAUAAAGUGUAUGAUUACUGGAGUACAGAUAAUUACAAAAGUCAUAAAAAUGAUUUUAUUAAUGAUGAAACAAAACAUAAUUGUAACAAAGGAAACAAACAUACUGAGUUUGUAGAGGUAAAUGUGGAAAGUGAUAUACAAACAUCUGAAACCAAAGAAUGUGAGAAGGAAAAUGAAAAAAAUAACACAAAUAAAAAAUCGGAAUCCAUACGUGAUGAUAUUCAAGACUUUAAAAACACACAAUUUAUACAGGCCGAAUCAGAACCCAUAAAAAAUACUAAUAAUAUAGUAGAAUGUAUAGGGAUUACCAAUAACACAAAUAAAAAUGCCGAAUUGAUAUACAAUGAGAGAAAUGUCGAAGAGAAUAAAAGCAUAAAAUGUAUUGAAGUAGAUUCGGAACCUAAUAAACAUACUGGUAAUAAUGAUUAUAAGGAGGUAUUUAAGCAGAAUAAUUCUGUACAAAUUGGUAUUAUUGGUGAUGUAGAUACGACUACAGACUGUGUGUUACAGAAGCCAGUCGAAGGAAAUCAGACAGAUAUUGUUGUUGACAAAGUAAAAGAAAUUGCAAUGUAUUUGGCUCAAGCUGCUAAAAAUCAUUCGGCAGAAAGGAAAUUAAGAAAGAAGUCUAACGAAUGUCACAAAAUUGUAAACAAACAAGUGAAACAGAAUGUUAUUAAACCAAAAUUAUUUAAACAAGGAGUAGAAAAACCCGGUGGUCUGAAUGAUGUAACAGAAAAAGAUAGAACUCCUAAAGUUUCCAAAACAUACAUUAACCAUAAGAAAUCUAUAAUGAAUUGUGUUGCUACUACAGUAACAUAUUCACCACACACACACCCAGCUUCUUCAUAUGUGCAGGAAGCCCAAAAUACACAGUUGAUGUAUAAAGCUGAUGAAAAUAAUGGAUCUGUCAUUGCAGAAAACGACAUUCAGACACCAGAAUUUUGUGUAUGUGAGGAUUUUGGUAAUUUCGCUUUUUAUGAUGCAGAUUGUGAUUAUGAACACAUACACUUUUGGGAACGCAAGAAUAUCGACUGUAACCGUGAAAUGAUUUUUAGCAUUUACAAUGAUAUCGACGAUUUUGAAACGAGGCACAAUGAUACAUCAUGUCUAGAGCAAAUAAUGAAAGCAAACUCUUCUGAAGACGUACAUAGUAUAUGUUGGCACACUUUUAUGAAUAGCUAUGAAGAUAAAAAAUUCCAAAGCAAAGAAACGUCCCGCGUAAUUUUCGAACAAGAAAAGAAUAUUAUUUCACUAGAUAAGUCAAGUAAAAAACCUGAGACUGACUCUUUUAAUAGAAAACCAAAUGAUAUAGAGUGCAAUGUAGAGACAAAUAAGGAGAGUUCGGAAAGUAUAUCUGAUGCUGUUAUCAUUGAUCAAGAAGUCGAAUCUAAUAGUUUUGAAUGCGACAUUGGCAACACAAGUACAUCGGUAGAGGAUGAAGCCAAGUUUGAGCAAGUGUCAUCAGAAAUAAAUAAUGCGAGCAACAGUAAACAGACAAUGUUGAAUAAAAAAUGUACUGCCUUUGUAUCUAAGAAGAACAAAGAGUGCUUUACUAUGAGUGAAGUGCCUGAAUCUUUAAAUGUGACUAUUAUAAAGAAAAAGGAGUUGAUUAUUACAAGUGAUGAUGAUAUAUUCAAUUUAAAGAAUGUCGAUACUGAUUCUAAAGACAGAAAUGCUUCUAACCAACAGACAGAAACAGAAACUAGAUGCAAAUUUGACGCAAAGAGUCCAAUUAUAGAAAAUAAUGUAGACAGUAGAAAAGCUACUGAUAGCCAGUUAAACUCUGACCAAAGUAAUAAUGAAUCAAGUAAUUUGAAUACACCUAAAGAAGACGAAGAUGAACCUCUUUGCAAUUUGAGAACAAAGAAACUAGAACAGUCAGUGCAGUGUGGUGUCUGCCAAGCCGUUUUGCUAGAAAAAGAAUGGGAAGAUCAUAUCUCCAAUGAACAUUGUUAUAUCGCUUGGAAAUCAGGAAGUAGCAUUGAUUUGGAUGAUGCAGAUUUGAGGACAAAAUUACAAGCAAAAUUGAAGGUCACCAAUGUGUUAAAAUGUCCGUUUUGCGAUAUUGAACGCAAGUAUAUUAAAAAGUUCCUAUCCCAUGUCAAAAUAUGCUUACAAUCUAAGAAUGAUACGGAAUCUUCAUCACAUGAUGCGACAAUGGAACAUAGCACCAGAAAUGAAACAAAUACUGAAUCUUCGAAUGAUAUGGUUGUAAAAUGUGCAGUAUGCCAGGAGGAACUUAAACAAUCUGAAUGGGAAGAUCACAAUGCAACCAGACAUCGUUACAAAGCGUGGAAAGAUGGCGAAGCUCCGUUGAAAAGAAAACGGACGUCUUACCCCAAUGAACAUGUAGAUGUAGAUGAUGAUGAUGAUGAUGAUGAUGAUGACGACGAUGUUGAUAAUGAUGAACCGCCAAAUAAAAAGUCGGUGCGGUGUGGUGUUUGCCAAGCCGUUUUAUCAGAGAAAAAAUGGGAAAAACAUAUAUCCAAAAAGCACUGUUAUAUCGCGUGGAGAUCAGGAAGUAGCAUUGAUUUUGAUGAUCCAAAUUUAAAAACAAAAUUGCAAGCAAAAUUGAAAGACACAGAUGUAUUAAAAUGCCCCUUUUGCGAUACUGAGCGCAAAUAUAUCAAAAAGUUCCUAUCGCAUGUUCAACAAUGUUUGAAAGGCAAGAACCUAACGGAGUCUUCAUUGAAUAAUGCAUCAAAUGACGUAACAAUGGAUGAAAGCAUAGAAGUAGCAGAAAGUGCAGUAGAUACAAAUAACACCGCAUCUUUGGAUGAUCCGACUGUAAAAUGUGCAGUUUGCCAAUUAGAACUUAAGGAUUCUGAAUGGAUAGAUCACAUUUCAGCAACACACAAUUACGUUGCAUGGAAAGAUGGUGAAACUCGUUUGAUUGUGGAUGACGAGGAAGAAGUACGACAACAUUUGACCGCGAUAUCGAGGAAGUAUGGAGAGCUGAAGUGCCAAAAAUGUGGUCUUUGCCGGAAAUAUGCUAAGUUGUACAUGCAACACGUACGACAGUGUAAUAAGGAUGAAAGCAUAUCUGACGAAGCGAGACAGUCUGGUUCUGUAGAUGAAAUAAAAGAAAUUAAAAUUGAAGAAUCUUCUGAAACAAAAACAUCAGAAAUUAAGUGCGGAGUUUGUGAAAAAAUGAUUAAUGGUUGUUACUGGAUCGACCAUAUAAUGAAAGAUCAUGCAUAUUUGGCAUGGAAAAGUGAAGACCCGCCUUUGGAUGUGGACGAUGAAGAUAAAGUAAAACAGCAUUUGUAUAACAUACUCAAAAAACAUGGUAAAUUGAUUUGCAACAAAUGUGGGAUCGCUCGUAGAUACGUGAAGCCAUAUUUGACACACUUUCAAAAAUGUACUGGGAUCACGAAUGAUAUCGAUAAGGAUGCUGAUAGUCUAUUAGAUGUCGAAGACAAUUCCAAUUUGGUGAAGUGUGGAGUGUGUCAAAAGGAGGUGCCGUCACGUUAUUGGAUACAGCACAUUCAUAAAGUCCACGGGUACAUGGCGUGGAUUGAAGGCGAAAGUUUAGAUUUAAAUGAUCAAAUGCAAGUGGAAAAGCAUUUAGAUAGCAUUGUAAACAAAGAAGGCAGUCUCAUUUGUCCAAAGUGCAAGGUAGUGCGGAGAUAUGCCAGUAGCUACUUGCAACAUUGGAAAAAUUGUGAGAUGUAUUUUAACGCCGACAAUGACGGACAAUACGUACUUACCGAAGCAAACGAGCUCGUUUGCGGUGUGUGCUCUGAACACAUGGACCCUAAAGAAUGGCAUCACCACAAGAUGAGCAAACACUACAACGUGGCAUGGGCUGUUGGGAAUCCACCAGUGAAUUUCAGAGACCCUAACGUGGUUGAUUUCUUGAUAAAAGAAUAUAUGGAAUGGAGUAAGAAGUUAGUGUGCAAAACUUGCGGCGUCAGCAGAGUCAGCCGUAUUGGGUUCUACGCACAUAUUAUUGUCUGCGGGAAAUCGGAAGAGGAGGUGGAACUCCACAAGAACGUUUGCAGAGUUUGCGGCAAGAAGUACCUUUACAUAUAUGAGAGUCAGCAUAUGACGUGGCAUAGGGAGCAGGAGAAGGCAGAGAUGCGCAGGCAAAAGGCAUUGGAAGAGGAACAAAAAGAAGAUAAAGAAAAGGUCGAGGUGUCGUCAUCAGGGCCCCGUCGAGCGGCGCAGAGAGCCAGAAAUGUGAUACAAAAGUACAAAAUUGAAAUAAGUGACAGUGCCUUUACUUGUACGACUUGCCAUUUUGGUGCGGAUACCAAAGAGGAGUUGGAAGGUCAUACGUGUGUGACAUCCGAUAUAUAUAAUAGUGACACUGAUGAGUCCGUGAAUUUGGAAAACGUGGCUAAUGACGAGAGUGAAGACAGUGAAGUGGACAGCGACAUAUCUGAGGAAGAGUCGGCAUCGGCUAAGAAACGAAAUAGGAAAUCAGUUCCGAGGUGCUCAAAUGUAUCUAGGUUUAGCACUGCGCUUCCAAAUGUAAACUCUUAUUUAGUCAAAUGUGGGGUGGAAUUCUCCGAAUUCCAUUUCACAAACGAAGAUUUGUUUCCGGAGUGGCAAAAUAUUGUUUGUGAGCAAUUACCUGAGGACAAGUUAUCGGAUUACAUACCUUCUUUAGAAGAAUCCUGUCAAGUGAAUGUGUCUAAUUCUUGGAUGACUUUUAAGCGUUUCGAGGGACGUUUUAUCACAGGUGAAAAGCAAGGCUUGUUCGUGGGUGGAAGCAUCCAGUCCAUAUCAUGGGCUCCACCAUGUGAUAGAAAACAUGCUGGAGAUCAGUAUUUGGCCGUGAUUGCACACCGGGAGCCUGACGUCCCAAGAAUUAACCACGAAGCGGUUGUGGCUGGACCCGGCAUCAUUCAGAUUUGGAACUUUGUGCGAUUUUCAGAACCAGCAAAGUUCGCCCUUGGUUUAGCCCACGAUUUCGGUACAGCAUGGGCUAUGACCUGGUGUCCAUCAGGAGCCCGGACUAUGUUGAACGAAUCAGUUCAAGAAAAUAGUCCUCUGAGAUUGGGGUUACUUGCUGUAGCGUGUUCUAAUGGAUCCGCUUACAUUUUCUCCGUCCCAUAUCCUACGACAAUAGUGGAGAAAGAGAAAUUAUUGUACAAAUUGAAACCUGUGGCAGAAUUAAGACUGACAAUGAGCAACGAUCGGAGAAGGUAUCAAGCUACCUCUAUAACUUGGUCGCAGCAAAAAAAACACGAUACAAUAAUAGUUGGCUAUGCAAACGGUUCGACGGCCUAUUUUGAUUUGAAGACGGAGUCACCGUUUUUGAAAACCAAAGAGAAUGAUGUUACUAUUUUGUACCCGUACCAUGACGUCCGGCCACACAGCACCUGCGUUGUAGGUGUGGACAUGUUCCCGUGCUCGUCGGGCGACACUGCGAGCGCGGUGUGUUCGGCGUCGACGACGGGCGCGGCGCUGGUGUCGCGGCCGAGCGUGCGGCCCGCGCGCCACCACACGCACAUGCCCUGCGCCGACAUACGCUUCGAGCCGCACUGGCCCUCCGCUGUCUUAGUUAUAGACGACACUAGCACGGCGUCCAUAGUGAACCAGCUGGAGUGGUGCGGCGGCGGGCGGCGGCUGGGCGGGCCGCGCGCCGUGGCGGCGUGCGCCACGUGCGCGCGCCUGGCGCUGCACGCGCCGCCGCUGCUGCGCGUGCUGCGCCCGCACCCCGAAUACCCCGACUUCAAGAGACAUUCAUUGGCGAUUCUUCAAAUGACUCCACUCGGAAAGAAACGGAAGCUUCAAAACGACGAACUGCAGACAAAGGUGGAACCAAUAACAUACGAAGAUUCAAUCAAGAAGUACGGGAUCGAACUGAGUACAGAUUCAAAAACCAUCAACGGAACGAGAAAGACUCGCGAGCAGUUUCCUGACAGAUUCCCGUUGGCAGAUGUAACCUCCAUGGCGUUCUGCCCCGCGGCCGCUUAUCAUAACAGAUUGGCAGUCGCCACACACGGCGGUAUAAUAUUCUUACUAAUUGUAUGAUAUUGUCGUCUACUUCAAGUAACACUUGUACGUACAUUACUGGAUAUUUUUUAUAAUAUUCGUAUAUUCGAAAAUUGUAUUAACUUAUAAUAUAUCUAACGAACAUUUGACUUCGUAAAUGAUGAAAAUAUAUUCACUUAUUAAAGUUUGAUUUUAAAAGGCUGUAUUUGUGGCGCAGUCAGUGUAAUUAUUAUGUAAAACUGAAACUCGAAUUUUGUGCAAUAUGAAAUACAUUAUUUUAACCGUGUCAGGAAUGUAAUUCUGCUACGGUUACGAGACGUACUUGUGUACCGGAAUGCAGUUUGCGUAUAUCAAUGUUGUUGAAAUUGUGAAUAGAUUUCUUUGUGUUUGUCUUGGUUAUUAAUUACCGUAGAUACUUUUUCUUAUUUGAUGGAAAGAAAAUAAGAGCUGUGAACACGCACAUAUCUAACAGGAGAGUGUAUGUACAUUUAGGCAGUCCGAUCUCAUGAAAUAUGACACUGCCUUCGAGGAAAGUACAUUGAUCUAAUAAGAGUAGAAAGUGGUGAAAAAAGGUUUUUUUUUUAUAGAGCUGGCUUUAUUUAUUUUAACCUAUUUUAAUGGCCAAGAAAUAUAUUUUAAAUCCACACAGAUUUAUAUUUGUCCGAAAUUUCCAAUUUACUCCUCUUUAUUUGCGUGGCAUCGCUAUAAUUUGUAAAAUAUAUAAUUGAUUAAUAUAUUUUAAAUGAGAUUUGGUGAACAUUUUUCAAAUUUUCCUUUAAUCACAUUAGAAGGCUGUAACUUAUUAUAUGAAUAAUAACAUAAUGUCUAAGGUUACCUAGGUGCAAAGUCGGUGUAAAAAGAGGCUAUAACAUGUUUUAUUAAAUCGUGAAAGUGAAUAUAUAUUUUAUAUGGAUACACUAUAUAUUCUAUUUAUCUAUAUGGAAAGUUUGAUUGAAUAGAACUAUCUGCCUAAGUGCACUGAAGUAGCGUGUUUAUUUAGUUUGUGAUAAAACUAACAAUGUUUUUCAAAAAUCUUUCUGUCUCCAUAUCUACUUUCAUUGCUUGUAUUGUAUCAUAUGCACCAGUGUGCCUCUUGUGUUCGAAACAAAAAAAAAAAACUGUGUACUACUAUAUUUCAUUAUAUUAUUGAAUUUUCCGGUAGUUGUGCUAGUUAGGUAUCAGUAAUAGCUCCACCAAUUUUCAAAGUUGAUAAUAAAUGGGCUUGAAUAGCUUGUUUACCGGAAGCAAUGAUAUGCAAUAAAUCGGAGACGCCUUUUAAACAAAUAUUAAUCAUGCCUUAGCCUUAUGGUUAUCAAUAAUCGUAUAAGCAUAUAGGGCGUCUUUACACUUUUAUAAAAGGUAAUAAUUAUGAUGGAUGAGUAUAUGAAAGUAAAGACGUAUAAAAAUGAGAUACCUAGUAUUGUGUAGUAGAUAUUUCUAUUUAUUGCAGAAAACCGAAAAUCAUGUGUACUUUCACACAAUUUGUGUACAUAUUUUGUACAGUGUUAUUUAUUAGUUGUAGUUACUCUUUCCCACGUGUUUAUUUUUAAAUUCUUGCCAUUUCUGUUAUAAAUAAGAUUGUUUAUAUUGUCGAAGAUUGUGUUAAGUGAAAUGUUCUUAAGUUAAACGAUGGUUACAUUCAAAACUAAUAACUUUUGCUUUGACUUAGAGAUACUUAAAGAAAAGGUUAUUAUUUAGUUUUAAAACUACUAUUUGUAUAUUAUUGUAUUAUAGAUUUAUAGACCUAGUUGUCUCUUUUAUUUAUUUAAAGAACAGUAUAUCGGAUUUCACAGUGAUAUUAUAUUAUUUAACUUUCUUGUAUAUCUCGUUGAUUGUGAUAAUAAGCUUGUUAUCAAAUACAUUUUUUAAAGUGAA